CCCAUACCUGAAUCUCAUUUUAGAGACACCGGACGGCGCGCGUGACAUACGCGUGCCCUUCCCUCCUAUUUUCCUCCCCCCUCUACAAAUUUUCAGUCAAUAAUCUCUCUUCGAGUCGCCUUCAAAGAUCGUUCCCGACAAAUCACUCAGCCCUAACCUUCUCCUUCGUUCUGGAUUUAUCCUUUAAACUCUGCGAUCAAACAAAACGUCGUGAUUAUCAAAUUCCAUCGCAAUGAAGGUGUUAUUUAAGGUGCUUAUAACACGAAGUUGAAACCUUGCAAUUAGAGUUCGAAGCAUUUAUUAUCAAAUGCGCCCUAGUGCUUAAUUGAUAAUGGGAAAUGAAAUAUUGAGUUUGGGGUAUCAUUCGGAACUUGAACAGAAAUACUGAUUACUGGUUGAUUGAGGAUGUGAUUUGGACCUUGGAGCUUUGUUAAUCCAAUUCAAUGGGAGAUUCCUUACGUGUUCGGCAUUCCAAUAAUGACAUGGGGCCUAGGCUCAUUGCAAGUAACAAGCUGUCCAAAAGAUCUGUACUUGCUUCAACAUCCAAGGGAUUGACACAAACAACUUUAAAACAUAUUACUUCAAUGAGAAAAGGUAUUCCGGGGAGUGGAGCUAUUGGUGAUAUUGGACUCUUUCUGCUGAAAACCGUAGCACUAGAUAUAGUUCGAAGAUUUUCGAUGGCCAACUGUCCUCUUGUAUGGCAUGGUCUCCAGGCGCUGCAACUUGUUUGCUAUCCACCAUUAAAGUGGAUCCAAAGAUGGGCUCCUUUCAAGGGUUUGGUUAAUUUCAUGCAGACGUUGUCAAGGCCGUUAUUAGUCCUCACAAUUGCAACAGUUUUCUCUGAUCAACCGGCAUAUGCAAAAAAAGCGUUGGACAGUUCUAACGAUUCUCAAAAACAUGCUGAAUCACCAUCAGCCGUGUCUGACCAAUUGUCAACCUCUGACACAAGGUCUUGCAAUGAAGUUCCAAAAAACCUACCUUCUGAAAAGUGGAUGCUACAACUCCACGAAGAGCUUGAGAAGCAGGGUAUUGCUUUACCAGAAAGGCUUAAUGAGGAAGAGCUUCGUAGAUUUUAUGCAGCUGCCAAUGGUGUGUUCAAAAAGUUUCUAUCAUCAGUCAAAAAGACAAUUCGGUGGAGGCAGGCUUACACUAUUCUUUCACCACAAGAACUUGAGGUUUGGUCACAAUGGGUCUUUUGGCAUGGAUAUGAUGUGAAGCAACGACAUUGCCUCAUUAUUCGCCUUGGACUUGCUUGCUCUAACUUCAGAUCUAAUGAAAGAUCUCUCUUUGCUAAAGCAGUUGUUUCGCAGAUAGAACACGGGGUUUUGCACCUGGUUGAUGCGGAAAACCCUCAAAUCACAGUCUUGAUGGAUUGUGAAGGAAUAUCUCCAUUUGGAUUUCCCAUGCAAGUGAUGAGGUCUUGUGCUAUUCUUUUGCAAGACCAUUACCCGAACCGUCUUUGCUGUUUGAUUGUUGUACGGCUUCCUCCAGUUGCCCGAGUGAUAACACGAACUUUAUUUCAAGUCUUGAGACCUGCCACGCAGCAAAAACUGAGGAUUGUUGGAGAAAACUACCGAAAGGUUCUCUCUGAGUAUCUUCAGGCAUUCCCUCCCUUUCUUGGUGGCAAGUGUUCAUGCCCAAAAUGUUCAGACCCUGUUGAUAUACAGGAUAUGAAUACGGAGAUCAUUCGGAUGAAACCAACUGCAGAUCUCUCAAAUUAUCCGUCUGUUAGUUCGCCAGAUCUCUAUUAUCAUAGUGAUCCCAGGGUGAAUGAGAACAGGGAUGAAGUAGUGAGGACUGCCAUUAUCGGCUUCCUUAUGAUUUGGAUCUUCAUAGCUGUCAUUUUGGCGACGCAUUAUCCUGAAAGUUUCCCUUUUCUUAAUUGGCAGGGUGGUUCUUGAGCUCACUUUGUUUCUCUUGUCUUUGUUGUUUAUUCGUACGAGACAAUUAUAGAUAUGUACACGGUUAAAUUGAAGUUUAUUGUAGUGGUAACCUUCAUGUUCAUUCUAGUGCAAUUUCAGUACGGUUUACCUUUUACUCGUAUGAGAAGAA